AUGUUCUUAUCCUUCCCGUCCGGCCCUGCGCACAAACGCAUCGCUUUUGCGUGCGGACGUUGCCACAAGCGCAAGGUCCGCUGCAGCGGCAACCCUGGCGACGGCUCGCCCUGCUCCAAUUGCGAAUCGGCCGACCCAGGGACCUGUCAGUUCCCAAAGGCGCGGCCGGCACAACAACGAAGGGCCAAUAAGGGCCUAACCAGACAUACGCCGCUACAGGUGCCAUCGCAGCCCACGUCCGUGGGUUGCGACGGCGAGCCCGGCGUCGGGUCGCAGCAUAUGGAUUGCGGCUACGAUCUGCUGCCGCCUCGGCAGCUACGGCGGCAGCAACGCCGCCAGUUCCACCGCCGUCGCGUCGGCAUCGCCGGCGCCGCCCUAUAA